AUGACAGCCUCUGUGCCUGAAACGAUGCGGAAAGGCGUCCCGAUGUACGUCAGGGUUUCGAUGCUGAUCGCCGUUGGCGGUAUGCUGUUUGGGCUCGACACAGGGACAAUCGGGCCGGUGACGGCCAUGUCGUCGUUCGAGAAAUCGUUCGGCUCGUUUUCUGCAACGGUGCACGGCGUGGUCGUGUCAUCAAUCCUCAUCCCAGCAGCACUGUCGUCCCUGAUCACGGGCAACGUGGCAGACCUCUACGGACGUCCUCGCACCAUAAUGUUUGGAGCUAGCAUCUUCGGCAUUGGUGCGGCGAUCGAAGCGGCUGCUAACAAUUUGGGUGCCUUUAUUGCCGGGCGGAUCAUUACGGGCGUCGGGGAAGGAUUCUUCCUAAGCAUGCUAGUGGUGUAUGUGUGCGAGAUCUCGCCGGCGCGGCGGCGCGGCCCGCUGGCGUCGUUACCACAGUUUUGCACCACCAUCGGCAUUGCCGCCGGCUACUUUAUCUCCUACGGCACUUCCCGCAUCGAUUCGUCGGCAUCGUGGCGCGUGCCACUUGCCUUCCAGUCCUUCAUGGCCCUGUCCUUUGCCGUCUUCUGUACCCUGGUGCCACCCUCACCACGCUGGCUUCUUCAGAAGGGCCGGGCGAAGGAGGCGGCGCAGGUGCUCGCCAGGCUGGGGGUGCCUGCGUCUGAAAUGGAGGAGAGCCUGCAGAACAGUGGCGAAGUGAGCCCUGAUGACCGGCAGCCUUCUCUUGGUGAAAACAUCCGUGCUUCUUUCACAGAGAUCUCCAAGGCCUUUGCACCCGGAGUCCGCAAGAGGACGUUCCUGGGCUGCUUCAUGAUGGGCAUGCAACAGUUCAGCGGCAUAGACGGUGUCCUCUACUAUGCUCCAUUGCUGUUUACCCAGGCCGGCCUCUCGUCCGAGCAAGCCAGUUUCCUCGCAUCCGGCGUCUCUGCAUUGGUUAUCUUUGGAACAACCAUCCCAGCUACCUUCUUCUCCGACCACUGGGGCAGGCGGCCGUCUACCAUCUAUGGUGGGCUGGGUCUGGCAGGCACCAUGGUGUUGAUUGGAUCCCUAUAUGCGUCGAACAGCGUGCACGGCGACCACGGCGCGGCUCGAUGGGUGGUGAUGGUGUCAAUCUACGUCUUCGCCAUCAUCUUCAGCGCGUCCUGGGCAAUUGGCUUCAGGGUGUAUGCCAGUGAAAUCCAACCGCCGAAGACGAGGGCUAGCGCUUCCAGCCUCGCACAAAGUGCUAAUUGGUUCGCGAAUUUUGUCGUCGCCCUCACCACGCCCGUCUUCCUGGCGCACUCUUCGUAUGGUGUGUACUUCUUCUUCGGAGCGUGCUCGCUCUUCACUUCAGCCGUAUGCUUCGUGGCGAUGCCCGAGACGCGUGGACGCACGCUGGAGACCAUCGACGCAUCCUUCGACCAUCACUCGUGGCGCAUGAAGAAGAAGAAGAGCAGCGAUGCCGGCAGCCCGGCAGUCGGCAGCGAGACGAACUCAGUUGUGAUGCAAAGCGUGUCUCCGAAACGGGACGACAGCACCCUGCCAAGCGCCAACACAGUAGUCGGCUAA